AUGAAGUUCAUCUCCGUCUCUGUCGCCAUUGUCCUCUCCCUCGUCUCUUUUGCAGCAGCAUCUCCUGCUCCUGCUCCCGCUCCCGCCGAGAUUGUCAAGAGAUGUUCGGUUUUCCAUUGCCGCGAUGCCAACCCGUCUACUUGCUGUUCCGAUAAGUACGGAUACUGCAACAAAGAUACUGGCGAAUGCCACUGUGGAAAGGAUUGCUUCUAG